AUGGAACAGCAAUUCGGUCAACUGAAGCUCUUCGUCGAUCUCCUCAAGAAGGACCCCUCGAUCCUGCACCAUCCUGGGCUGACUUUCUUCAGGGAAUAUAUCGAAAGCUUGGGCGGAAAUAUCCCCGAGGCGAAGCAAUGUCCAUUCGGUGAAGCGAAGCCCGAAGCGAAGGCUGAGUCAAAGCCAGAGAAGAAGCCAAGCCCUCCACCCGCUGCUGAACCGAUGGAAGCGGAAACCGAGCCUGAGCCCGAGAUCCCGUAUCCCGAGCUUGACAAUGAAGGUGUCAUUCAGCCCGAUAGUGGAGAAGCUUUGCCAAUGGGAGAUACAUCAAAGGAGGCUUCCGAGGAGGAGAUUGAGAAAGCGCAAGAGGAACGCAACGCUGCACAAGAAGCUUUCUCAAAUGGAGAGUUCGAUAAGGCGCUCGAACAUUUCACUACGGCCAUUCAACUCAAUCCCGGCUCCGCGAUGCUUCACGCCAAGAGGGCAAAUUGCCUCUUGAAGCUCAAGCGUCCCGUUUCCGCGAUCGCCGAUUGCACGAAGGCAAUCGAAAUCAAUGCGGACUCGGCUCAAGGAUACAAGUUCCGUGGACGUGCUCAUCGCCUUCUCGGAAACUGGUUGGAUGCUCACAAGGAUCUGGCCACUGCUUGCAAGCUCGAUUAUGAUGACACUGCCAACGAAUGGCUCAAGGAGGUCGAGCCAAAUGUAAGAAAUUUCUCAUCUUUC